UUGUCUUUCAUUCUUAGCCCUCAAGCCUCCGCCUGGCACACGGGUGCUGGUGGCCGGUGCCCCGGAGGUCCUGCCCCGCGAGCGUGCUGCCCCUCCCGGCGUCCAUGACGGGGAAGGAAGCUUGUUGACACGCACCACCACCGCCAUUUGCUCCGGGCCGUGUCCAUGAUGGCAGAGACAGACAAGCUGGCCCAUUAUCGAUGCCGGUCGGCUCCAUAGCUUCCCCGCACGUCACCUGUGCCUGCUGCCUGGGCGCUCACUGACGUACGUGCUACUCUUCCCAUUGUCUUGCUUUGCCUUGCGUACCUUUUGGAGUAUUGGCUUGCUAGAGGCAAGACGCUUGUCGCCCAGCAUCUCCACAAACAACCUCGCUUCACAUUGAGCAGAGUCUCGACGCUUCGCACGUCCCCGAGCCAUCAUGGUCCGCCGCCAAGCAAUGCCACUCCGCCAGGCAGAGGCAUCGGUGAUCCACAGUGGUGGAAUCCAUGCGUCGACAAAGAAGACUCUCGUGGUCCACACGAGCCUGCUCUUUGAUUCUGGAGCAAAGGAAUUCGUCAAGAAUGUAUCUGUCGAGGCGGACACCAGCACGGGUCUCAUCACACGAGUCUGGACGCGGUCCGAGGACGAGCUUGUGCAGCUCGACAGCACGGCGACCGAGAACAAGGACAAGGACAAGCAGGUCAUUGACCUGCGAGGCUACACCGUCAUGCCAGGCUUUGUCGACUCCCACUCCCACGUGUUCCUGCACUCGUACCGCGUCACCCCCAGCAUCUACCAAGAACGCGACGAGUCCCUGGUCGAGCGCAUUGCGCGCGCCACAAACCACUGCCGCACCGCCCUGCUCUCGGGCUACACGACCUACCGCGACCUUGGCAGCGAGGGCAUCCGCGACGUCGACAUUGGCCUGCGCGACGCCGUCAACCGCGGCAUCAUCCCGGGCCCCCGGCUCUUCGUCGUCAGUGAAGCCCUGGCCUCAUCGGGCAGCUACGAAGUCCGCCACGAGUCUCACCUCAACGGCACUGCGGUCCCGCGCAUCUCGGACCCCUGUGACGGGCCCGAUGGCGUCCGCGCUGCCGUGCGCCGGCGCAUCGGCGCCGGGGCGGACCUCAUCAAGUUCUACGCCGACUAUCGGCGGCGUGCACGCCGCUUCCCCGCGCAGGCAUGGCCCGGUAGCUUACCCGUGCGGUUCGCGCCUCCCUCUUUGCUCGAUCGCAGUCCGUCGAGCCCUCUAUUCAACCAGGAGGAGAUGAAUGCGAUUGUGGACGAGGCGCGUCGAGCCAAGGCCCCCGUGGCGGCGCAUGCACAGGACGCCGAGGCCGUCAUCAUGGCUGCCAAAGCGGGCGUCACAAGCAUCGAGCAUGGCUUCGCCAGGUCGGACGAGGCGCUCAAGGUCAUGAAGGAGAAAGGAACCAUCUAUGUCCCGACUCUGAGCAUCAUCGACCAGGAGAAGGAGACGGUCGGGCAGGAAUUCUGGGACGAUGCAGUCGAGCAGGUUCGCAAGGCCUGGGAGAUGGGCAUCCCGCUGGCAGUGGGCGCGGACACGGGCGCGGUGGCGCACGGCGACAACAUCCGCGAGACUGAGAUCCUGCAUAAGGACGUGGGCAUCCCGCUCGCAGACGUCCUUGGUGCACUGACGCUAGGUGGCUGGCAUGCCUGCGGCGGAGACUUGUGUGGACGCAGGUUCGGCACGCUCAAGGUCGGCUGGGCUGCAGAUCUCGUGGCGCUCCAAGGUGAUCCUCGCGAUGAUCUCCAGGCGCUGAGGAAGGCCACGUUCGUGAUCAAGGAUGGUGAGCUGUUGGUACGAGAUGGCCGACUCAUCACGGACGAGCGACCAAGGAUUGACUGAGACGUCAUUAAUGCAUGACCCACUUUCGUCGGCAACUCAUGCUUGUCUUCAUAUGACAGUUGGUGGGUCAAAGAAUAACCAUAGGCUCGAGACCAGAAAAUAUAGAACACGGGCAAUGUGAUGGUGGUACUUGUAUAGCUCUGCUAUCCCACCUGCCAUUUCAGAUGUACCACUCCUCUAAUCACCUAAACUCCCA